AGCACCAAACUACCAACUAUCAGCUAGACUCGAGCCACGUUAUACUAACAACCGUCUGCUUAUAACCAAUUGCUGUACUAGUUUUCUGUAAAAUUUUUCUCAAUCUGUUUACAGUCGUAUUUAGUUGGAAUUGAUUGAAUUUUUUCCUACAAUCACCCAAGCAAAAUGAUGUCAUUAAGGAUCGUCGUCUGCACAGCAGUGGCGCUUAUAGUACUCGUUGACUGGUCCACCACACUUCCGACCGGAGAAGUUGGUGAUAAGGAGGGGCUUAUGAAUCAGCUUAACAUGAUAGGCGACGACGAACAAGCGCAAGUCGAAAGGGAUUUGCUGAACUAUCUCGUUGGAAGGAGGUUUGUCAAAAGACUUCGCACUCAAGCUGAUGUCGAUGAUUUGCAGCGUAAGCGCAACUAUUGGAGGCAAUGUGCCUUCAACGCUGUUUCAUGCUUUGGCAAAAAAAAGUAAAUGAGAAAAGUCAAAAGAAAUAAAUGAAACGACCCGAGGGUGUCGACAUAGGCGGUUGGCACAAGCACGUUUGCUUAUUCUUUGAUGGACCCACGUCCUUGUCAUUCGAUGUUACCCAAGUAGUUUUUUUUUUCUUACUUGUAUCUUACUUUUUUACUACCAACAACAAUCAUCACUAUAAGUUGACUAUGCACGUUUUACCUUUGAUUACCGUAGUCGUCUUUCCGCAUGAAUUAUCGGGAUAUUUGUUUCGAUUAAAGUGUUAUACAUUAUACAGGAUGAAACCGUUAUCAUUAUAUAAUUGUUAAUAUUUACAUUAUUUAUAUCCAAGUUUUGUUGAAAUUACGCGACAGAGCUAUAUUUUCAGAGGUUCCGAAUAAAAUAAAUUGAAAACACUAGAUUUUUCUUUAAUACUGCGUUAGAUGUCUAGUAGUAGUAUUUUCAAUUAGAAAGAGAUUGAUUUUCGGAGAAGAGAUUGAAUAUUAAGAUUGAAUAUUAAUCGAUAGACAAUUAAGUAACUUAAAAAUAUGUAACUAGUCAAUAUAAAUGUCAAUAAGCUACUUCAAAAUGAUUAAUAUUCGUACGCAUAAGUAAUAGAUAAUUCAUUCAUGCUUGAUAUUCUGUAGCUUUGGACAAAUAUAGCUUGAAUUAAUCAACAAGUAUGAAGUACUCGUAAAAAAAUGUAAAUGUUCGAGAGAAUAUAUUUUUCUUGCAAAAUGUUAAUAUGGUAUAUGGCAGAUUUAGGAUGUUUUUUUAGUUGAUAACUUCCAAUUUUUAAAUAUAAAGCUUGUAAAAGAUGAAAUAUAGUUUAAUACUGGAAUAAUAAUAAUGAAAAAGAUACUUCAAAUAUUUUUUCCACAUUCGCUUCAAUUUCAAAUAGUAUGAAAAGUAAAAGUACUGAACAGUACAUUACGAUGCAAGUGCAGUAAAGAAGAUUCUUGUCGUAGAUUCUUGAUUUAGCGUUUACGCCCGAGCGAAGCGAGAGUGGAAAGGCACAAGAAACGGGAAACUAUUUCCCGUACAUGUGUUGUAACGUUUUUUUCGAUACGAUUUGUGGAAAGUACAAUGUUUAACGCUCGCUUUUCGCUAAGCGUGCAGGAAAGACGUACUUUGCGCACGGAGUGUCGAAAAAAUUUUAACGAAAAUAUUUAAUGUUUGGUAUUAGCAUAUAUUUUCUGAAUGUAAAAUAAUUAUAAUAUUAUUAUUCAUUUUGUAGUAUUAUCCUGUAACAUUCAUUGUACUAUAAAAAAUACAGA